AUGGUGAAGCAUUUCCUGGGGCAGAGCGUGCUCAGGCCCUCCUGGGACCAAGUGUUUGCUACCUUCUGGCAGCGUUACCCCAACCCCAACAGCAAGCAUGUGCUGACGGAGGACACUGAGCACAGGGAGGUGACUCCUGACCAGAAGCUGCUGUCCCGGCGGCUUCUAACAAAGACCAACAGGAUGCCCCGCUGGGCGGAGCACCUCUUUCCUGCUAAUGUAGCCCACCCACAAAACCAGACCAUGACCACUUCCACCUGGGACAUCAACCAUGCUCGGCUGGUGGUGGUAGAAGAAAGAUGUGUUUACUAUGUGAACCCUGAAAACAGUGGCUGGACUGUAGUCCGACGGGAGGCCCGGGGCUCCUCCAGUUUGUUUGGUGUCUCCAGCGGUGUACAGGAGUUUGCCCUAGCUAGAUUCAAAAGUAAUGUGACCAACACCAUCGAAGGCUUUGAGUACUUCUUGGCCAAACUGCAAGUUGAAGCUUGGUUGACACUUGUUCAAACAGCUAAGGAAACAACUGAGAAGGCAAAGGAAACUGCUCUGGCAGAGACUGAGAAGGCCAAGGACCUAGCCAGGAAGGCAGCCACCAAGAAGUAG